AUGUCUCUAUUACGUUUAUCGAUGAUUGUGUUUUUGUUCGAAACGAGCAAAGCUCAAUAUUCUGUCUAUCAUUCGAGUCUCGAAAGCUUUGAUUUCGAUUGUCUUUAUGCUCCGUUCAUUUAUGAAGAAGAAGAUAACCAUAUUUUCACGGAAAUAUCAUAUCAAGUCAUUCCUUACUGUCGAAGACCAAGUGCAAAUGAAGAACAGGCCGGGUUGAAAAUUUCAUUGGGGAACGUGUACAAUACACUGUCAUUUGCUGAUUUAUAUGAAUAUGGAAUAACAACUGAUCAAUUACUUGAAUGGUCAGCGCCGAUCAAUCUUGUUGAACAAUAUGCAAUGAAUCCUAUCAGUCAAACGAAAACUUUCUACAACUGCUCGUCGGCAUGGUUUGGUCCUGAGUGUCAAUAUAAAUUUGACGAAAACAGUUCUUUGUCUUUUUACGAAAUAGCCCAAUCAAAUUUUCUUACACGGACAAGUUUUUCAAAAACUUUGCCCGAUCUUUACACGGGCACUUGUUAUUCGUUUUUAUCGAGUUGCUCGUACAGAUUUCCGCCACUAUGUCUUGACUGGCAUGAAAUUUGCGAUGGAAAACGCGACUGUAUCAAUGGUGAAGAUGAAGAGAAUUGUCGAUUACUGGAAAUGAACGACUGUCCUAAUGAUACGUAUCGAUGUCAUUAUGGUGGACAAUGUGUCCCACUGUCAUUUCUGAGAGAUAAAUAUGCUCAUUUCGAUUGUCUUGAUGGUACGGAUGAGACGAAAUCGUAUGAGGGACAAGAAUUCUCACGUGGACUUUAUUGUAUUACAAAUCCAACAUUUCAAUGUGAAGAACGUAUCAGUUGGUCACAACAUUCUUAUCAUUGUGGCGAUGGACAGUACUAUUCUUGUGAUCGGUCUUGUCCCAUCCAUGGAAUGUGUUCAAAUGGUCGAUUUCUACCAUUUCCUGCAUCCCAAAAUGAUUCAUUUUUGAACAAUUUAAAUAUCAUCACAUUUACAUCUACAUUGAAUUCUAUGAUACAUAUAUUCAACAAAACAGUAUCAUCAAAUUUCAAUUCUUUUUAUUCGUUACUGCCAUGUGAAUCGAACAACAAUUCAUGUUUAUCGAAAUGGUAUUUCAAAGCUCGAGUAUUACAUCCACAUCCAAUAUUCCAUUUCAUUUAUUUACCCCAUCGAUCGUUUUCCGACUUUUAUAAUUUCAUCCAACCUGAUCUGAUUUGUUUCGAUCCAGACGAUUGCUCAGGAAUCGCCAAUAACAUAUCUAUUGAUAUUGGCUUAAAUAAUGGAUUUAUAUGCUAUUAUACUGAUGAUAUUGUUAAAGAAUUCCUAAUGGAUGAAGAAGACGAUGCUAAAAUAAUUCUUGAAGAACUUUAUCUCCGGUGUAAAACAAUCGAUACCGAACAAACCUGUUUGAAUGCAUCACUUUUUCAUUGUUCACGUUCGUUAAAAUGUAUUUCGAAACAUCGUCUUGUUGAUGGAAUUUCUGAUUGUUAUUACAACGAAGAUGAAUUAUUCAACGGUAGUUGUCUAUUAAACGGUUCAAAUCGAUUUACUUGUCCGUCUAAACCAGAGAAAUGUCUAUCCCAAAUUGCUGUGUACAAUACAGAAGAUGAUUGUGAAGGAAAGGAGGACGAAAUGAAUGAAAUCGAAUAUGGUAUUAUUGAAGGGCAUGUGCCUAUCGGUCUGCUGUGCGAUACAGUCGUCGAGUCGUUAUUAUCAGAAGCUAAUGAAACUGACGAAUCAAACUGUGAGUAUUGGUCAUGCAAUAAUCCUUACACACGAUGUGAUGGUAACCCAAAUUGUCCUGAUUCUGUUGACGAGCGUGAUUGUCCUAUAUUUCAAUAUACGGUUAAUACGGAUCAGUGUCAGAAUACAAUUGUAACCAAUACGUUCUGUUAUCGUCUUAUGCUUUUAUUAGAAACAAAAUUCAAGAUUCAAAUAAUGUCCAAUAAUCAUACUAAUUCUGUGCAAAUGAUCGGCGAUCGAAAUAUUAGUACUUGUUUUCAAAGAACGGAAUGCACAUCUUUAUCACAGCUGUGCUCCUACGAUAGCAGUAAACUAACCCUGGAAAAAGCUUGCAGUACGAUGUCUCCUUUCUUAUGCCAGGGCCGAGUGACGCUUUGGUGGGCACCAAUUGCUAAAAGACAUAUUUGUGGUUUCGAUCAUACUACAUCUACUGGAAGUGACUAUUCAUCAUCAUUCUUUACAUCGUACAGACUGGGCUAUUUCCCAUCGGUUCUAUCGAAUUCAACCAGUUCGACUGUCACAGCAUCUAAUAAAGUGGAAUUCCCAUUAAAAAUCGAAAAGAAUUGGUACUGUAAUCGAGGCAUCCUUAUUUUCUAUCAGAACAAUCAAACGAAAUCAUGCUUAUGUCCACCGAGUUAUUUCGGAUCACGAUGUCAAUGGCAAAAUCAACGUGUUAGUUUAACAAUCCAAUUCAUUUGUCGAUUUCAUAAUUUUCACAUAAUACAAAUAUUCCAAGUCAUAAUUGAGCUUAUCGAUCAACAAACACAAACGGUGGAAUCUUAUGAGCAGAUUAUUUAUAUUCCUAAAGAAAAUUGUGGAACGAAAUAUAAUGUUUAUUUACUUUAUCCAACUCGGCCAAAAAAUCUCUCUCGAAACUAUUCAAUUCAUAUUGAUAUUUAUGAUAAAAAAACUCUUACAUACUUCGGAGGUUGGCUUCUACCAGUACCAUUUCAAUUUUUACCAGUCAACCGGAUUGCCACUCAAUUAGUCGUCCCAUUGACACCUACAACUGCAUCUGAAACUUGUCCUUUGUUUUGCGGUCAACACGGCCAAUGUGUAGAGUAUGCAAAUGUUAACAAAUCUUAUUUCUGUCGAUGCCAGGAAGGUUAUUCCGGUUCACAGUGUCAUAUUCAACAUAAUUGUACUUGCUCACCAGAUUCACUAUGUCAUUCAUCAUCGAUUUGUGUCUGCCCGUUGAAGAAAUUUGGUUCAAAAUGUUACAUAAAUCGUUCAAUUUGCGAAAGAUCGAGAAAUCCUUGUAAAAACAAUGGGCACUGUGUACCUGUCGAUGAUCGGAUAGGCGCGAAGAAAUAUUAUUGCCUGUGUCCUGAUGGUUUCUACGGAAAAACAUGUCAAUAUAAACGAAAUCGAAUUGAUAUUAAAUUUGAUCAUAACAAAAUUCACUUAACUCCAUUUGUAUUCGUACAUUUUAUAAAAGCAACUGAAAAUAGUCAAUACCAGCACAUAGUACGCUUGAAGAAAGUUCAUGUGGAACAAAAUCUUUUCACAAUUUACAUAGCAUACCCAUUUCAUGUGGUUUUUAUGGAAUCAGUUGACCGAUCAUUUUACUUAGCCGUCCUACGAGAAAAAUUUCUCGCAUCGGAACAUAUUCAAACGAAUAUCUCAGUAAAUCAUCAAUGUUUUCAUAUUGAUCGCUUGAUGAAUGAAACAUUUCUUGGCUACACACAUCUUCGUCGUAUGAAAUACUAUCCAUUAUUAUGCCAAGAAAAUGUUCAUUUAAAAUGCUUCCAUGACGAAAGACAAAUGUGUAUUUGUGAUUCGUAUGGCUUCUCAAAUUGCUUCAAAUUCAAUCUAUCAUCAAUUUCAUACGACUGUCAAGGACGAAGUGUAUGUGAAAACAAUGGUCUAUGCAUACAAGAUAAUCCAUCAUGUCCAACACAAUCCAUCUGUAUAUGCGACGCAUGCCACUAUGGUGCCAGAUGUCAAUUUUCAACGCGAGGAUCUCUCUCGUCGCUCGAUCAUAUUCUUGCUUACCAUAUUAUACCAAACCGUUCGAUUCAUCAGCAAUCAAGCAUUGUUAUAAUGACUAUUUUAAUUACGUCAAUUAUGCUGUUUCUGACGAUAACUAAUGGGUUUUUAUCCAUAAUAGCAUUUCGGAUAAAAGAUAUAAAAAAUAUCGGAUGUGGUUUGUAUUUGUCGAUUUCAUCGGUGAACUCGAUUUGUCUCCUCAUGAUGUUAGUUGUGAAAGUUUGGCAUUUAAUUUUGUCACAAAGUUCAAUCAUAACCAUUCGAUUGUACUUGAGAGUCAGUUGUAAAUUAUUAGACAUGUUUCUGAAUAUUCUUAUUACAAUGAAUGAUUGGUUCGGUGGAUGUAUUGCUGUUGAACAAAUUUUUAUAACAUUUCAAGGAAAUAAUUUCAAUCAAAUUCGAAGUAAAAGAUUAGCAAAACAGAUUAUUUUUGCAAUUUAUAUUUUCUCAACUUUGACAAAUACUCAUGAACUCUUUUAUCGCCAAUUGGUUGAUGAUUUCGACAUUGAUGAAAAACGAACAUGGUGUAUCGCUCUCUAUCCUCCGAUAGUCGAUACUUAUAAUACAGCUAUGUCACUUGUGAAUUUUCUCGUUCCACUUUCAAUGAGUUUCUUUUCAAUCUUGAUUAUUAUUCUAUUAUUGGCACGUUCGAAUUCAACAAUGCAACCAAAUGCAACAUUUCGACAAAAUUUAAAAGAACAAUUUCAUCAUCAUAAACAUAAUUUAAUCAUAGCAUUGGCAGUACCAUCCUUUUCUGUGCCACGUUUGAUUAUUUCGUUUAUAAGUGGAUGUAUGAAAUCAUCACAGGAUCCAUCUCUUUAUCUUAUAAGUUAUCUUUUUUCGUUUGUACCAUCGAUGACGACAUUCAUUGUGUUCAUUCUAACAGCAGAUGGAUAUAAACAAGAGUUCAGUUCGAUUGCUCGACAACUAUUUGCAAGGUUUUGCCGCCAACAGCAGAAAAAAAUAGAACCGUGGACGUAA